AUGGAGAUCACCAUGGAAAACUUUUGGCGGCAGCUGCCAAGAAUAUUGAUUUCCAUCGCAGAGUCGAAUUUUAUCGCCAUCGAUGUCGAGAUGACCGGCAUUGCAGACAAGAUGUCGGAGAAUUUCUGGAAAAAGACCAACCAAACCCGACAGGGGAUUUACGAGACAGGCAAGCGGAUCGCGUCAACGUACAACGUCUUUGAGCUGGGUCUCACCUACGAUUCGUACAAGACGGAAUCUUACAAUUUUUAUGUCAGCCCUUUACUCCUCGAGGAUACUCGCGAAGACAGCCUUUUCGCCAAAGACUUGGGCAGAAACUUGACGGCAUCACUCAGCACCCUGAGGUUUAUGAGAAAGGAAGGCCUCCAAUUGGAGAAGAUUUUCGACAACCCUGUCCCGUACUUGAGCCGUAAGGAAUCGCGCGACGCAAUCGAACGCCUGGAAUCCCGAGCGCAGACACAGCCGAUCAAGGACCAUCCGUACGACGAGGACGAGGAAGGCCUUAAUUUUUUCAGCACGUACGUUUUUGACGAGAUCACUUCAUGGCUCGGCGACCGUAACGACGAUCGGAAGUCAGAGAUCGAGAUCCGGAUUCCCUAUUCGGAUAGCAAGAAGAGAAGCAGUGUGUACCACAAGAUCGUCCGAGUAACAGCUCAGAAUCUGGUUCCGCACAUGAAGUGCCGCACCUGGAAUCAUGGUCUUUCUGUGAUUAUUUCCCCAGAAGAUUCCGACGAGAAUCAAGAGAGGCAGCAAACGUUUCGAGAUAACCUUUCCGCCUCAAUCAGAAAGCAAACCGGUCUUCGCCUGAUUAUGGAGGCCCUUUCCGGAGGGCAUUUUGCGGAUAUCAUUGACCCGAGCUACAUUAUUGAGGCUUUAUCAUCCUGGCCUGGCGGCAUGACGGUACAGAGCUUUUGUCAAGAGGUUCAGCAGAAAUUUGGAAACGCGCCGCUUUUGAGUCCGGAGCGAGAGUCCGGUGAGGACAGCGAGGGAGUGGUGUCGACGACACCAGAGCAGGAAUCCAGCUACUUCAGCGAAGAAUCACCCAAUAGCAUUGGGAACUCCCUGGAAGAAUCAAGAGGCCAACAAUCAUGGCGACUGCCGGAAUCAUCGUCGGAGUGGUUUACAAGUUUCCCGCACACGCCUGAUUAUAUCUCGGAAGCAACGCUUUCCGAUCAGAUCCGGGCCGCUCUCUGGACACUCGAAUCCAAGCUCCAGCUCCAGCGCCCACCGAUUGUUGGUCACAACCAGUUCUUUGACUUGUUGUUCAUUUACCAAACCUUCUUUGACGAUCUCCCUGCUUCCUGCGGGGAAUUCUUUGCCAACAUCUACGAGUUAUUUCCCCACAUAAUCGACACCAAACUCAUGGCAAUCGCCGAUCAGGCGAUCGAAGGGGAAGAUCCGCUGGCGGAUAUAUUCGACAGACUCAUUGGCGAUGUUUCCAGGCCGUCUAUUGGCUGGGACCCGGCUCAUGGGUACAGUCGAAGGGCAAACGCCCAUGAAGCAGGCUACGACAGCUUCAUGACUGCUGUUAUCCUUCUGCGACUCGCAUAUAAACUUGCUCGAAGGACACUCGACAACGUCGACGAGGGUGAGAGCUGGGACAAGAAGAUGCGUCGAUUGUACGACAAGGGCUGGCUACUAGAGAUUGGACGUGACCCCGAAUGCUUUGGAUCAGACUCAGGAUCGGACUUUGAGGAAUCGACGGCAUCCUCAGACGGCGAUGACGAAGAAGUUGGAGAGCUCUACUGGGGUCAUUCUGUGUUCGACAUGUUCCGCAACACUCUGCGGAUCGGCCCCUCCACCAAUGUUUUUCUGGAGAGACAGUGGGCAGCCGAUCGAGCCUUUCGCCAGGUUCCGCGUCCGAAGUCAGACACGGAAGGAUGCAGUAUUAGUUCUUGA